CCCCAGGGAGGGAGGGAGGGAGCCGGCGGCGUCCUGCUGCUGCUUCUGCUGCUGCUGCCGAGGAGGAGGAGGAGGGCCAGUAUGGUGAGGCAUGGCGGGGCUGCUGCCGGAGUGGCUGGCUGAGCGAGGAGGCUCCGGGGCUCUGGCCUGGCUGCUGGCCUUCUUCCUGGCAGUGGCCCUGCUCUUGCUGCUGCUGCUCCGGGCCCAGCAUGGCCUCCGCGCAGCUCUGCGGCAAGGCUUCCAGGGGAAGCAGGAGGGGAGAGAGGCGCCUUGCCCUGCCGCCCCCGGAGCCCUGGCCCUGGAAGGGGAGCCUCCGGAGGGGGGCUGCUCCUGGCUCCUGGCCUGGCUCCUGGCCCUCCGCAGCUGGAGGCUCCGCUGGCAGGCAGCCUGGCUCCACGCCCUCAACGCCCGAGCCCUGGCCCGGAGGCAGCAGCAGCAGCAGCAGCAGGACCCAUGGUUGUUUACAUUUGAAGAAGAUGCAGCUACUCAUCCUUUAGAACUUGUGAUACAGGAAGUUAUAAGUGUAGUAAAGUCUGCGGAAGAAAAGGUGAUCUCUUGUAAUGUAGUUGGAAAUGCCUUUCAUUUUAUUGUUAGUGUGUCCCAUACUUCACCUGUUACCACAGAAUGUCAAUCUUACAAUGUAAAGCUGUCUCCACUUUACUUGAAGCUGGAACUUUCAAUGAAAUCCAAAGAGGAAGACAUUCAGGUCAAAUGGUCUUUCAUCCACACUUCAGAAACAAAUAUUGAAGCCAAGCCUACUAAAGUUCAUGAAGACCAGGAGGUGGGGGAACAUUCACUGUCAGAAACACUUAAAGGUGUGUUGAAGAAUAUCAUCAAUGAAGCAUCUCCUUCUGUGAUUCUGAAUGUAAAAUCUGCAGAUGCAAAGACGAUACAGAGCAUACAAAAUGCGGGAGCUCUACCACAGGGUACAAGUCCUCCUAAGCCUCCAAGAGCACAUGAACUAAAACUGCUUGUGAAGAACAUCAGGGCUAUAUUGACUGAUCAGAGCACUGCAGGCACAAGUAAACCAAUAUGUAUAAUUCAGCUCAAUGACCCUUUGCAGAAAUUUUCCAGCUCUGUACCCAGUGACUCCAUGGACAUGUAUUGGAAAGAUGAGUUCAUUUUUGAAUUAAAUGCCAAAUCAAAAGACCUUCAAGUAAAGAUUCUGAAAAAUGGAGAAGUAGAUAGUGGCUUUUCAGCUUUGGCUACUGUACCUUUGGAUUUAUUUAGGAAACAGCCUUCUGGACGCAGAAGUUUUGCAUUGAACAGUCAGCUCAGUGGUAGUAGCUCUACAGUAGGAUCUGUGUUUGCAGAGUUCUCAUAUAUAGAACCUUCAGAGACUAGAUUUUUGCAGUCUUCUGCCAAGCUUCCUGUUACUAAAGUAGAGAAGGAUCGAACUGUGAUGCCCUGUGGGACUGUGGUCACUACUGUUACUGCUGUAAAAGCCAAGCCUUUAAUAGAAGGGAGACCAUCUGUUCUGCAUUCAGAUUCACCAAUUCAAAGUCCUAUUAAAGUGAAGGUGAUUGAAAAGGAUUUGUCAGUUCAAGCAAUCCAUUGUCGGAGUACUUCAGUAAGCAAGGCUUUAUCUUCAUCAGACACAGAAUUACUGGUGUUGAACGGCACAGAUCCUGUUGCUGAAGUAGCUAUUCGACAGCUCAGUGAAUCUGCAAAGCAAAAACUCAAGUCUCCCAGGAAAAAAAGUACGAUCAUAAUAUCAGGGGUAUCAAAGACUAAUUUAUCUCAGGACAGCGAAGCUGCACUUAUGUUGGACUAUGCAGCAACCAUGGAUGGGUCAUAUAAACAAGCGGUGACUUCCAGUGCUGAAGGGUCACCUGUGCAAUCCCUUUCUGGUGAAAAACUAUCAUUGUCUGCAUCCCAAACGAUCCCUACCUAUGAAGAACCCCAGGAAAACAGCCAUGAUGACUGGACCUUAGAUGACAGUAGUCAGCAGUGGCAAAGCAAUGCACUAUUAGACCAAGACUGUGAUAAGAUGUCUGGGAGCUCUGUAAGCGUCUCAGAAUCUGGAACUAUGAAGAAAUCCAAAGGUGGAAUAUUAAAGAAAAGUGCAAAGUUAUUUUUCCUCCGGCGGCAUCAUCAAAAAGACCCAGGAAUGAGCCAGUCACAUAAUGACCUGAUCUAUCUACAGCAGCCUGCAUCUGAUGGUACCCGAAAAAAGGGAGGAACCCUAACACGCAUUCUGAACAAGAAAAUUAUCUUCAAGAGCAAGAGCAAAAGCAAACUGAAUGGGACAUCAGUUGAACCACAUGCAGUCGAACCAUAACACCUAGUACAUGCCAAAUUAUAUGACCUGCUCAUUUACAGAAACAUAGACUUGUAUGCUUAAUGAGAUUGACUAAUGUUAUGGUCCGUGGACAAUAAAGCAAGGACGUGAAAUUGUGGAGGAAAGCUUAUAGCAAUUUUAAUGUGCUGCAAACAAGGCUUCGGUCCUGUCCAAACUUCUUGGAAGUCAGCUAAUUGUGAUCAGGGAGCCUUAGUCUGUAAAACAGUAUGUCUUUAAAAAAAAAAAAAACAGGUUUCAAAUGUGUUUUUAAUAUGGGACUGAGCACUGAGGACCAGGGAAUUAUAGUGGACAGCUGUCUGCAUGAAUGUAUGUUAAUAGUGACAUAUCAUGGUUGCAUUUUAAAGUAAUAUCAUAUGGUGAAAAGUAGCAAUACAGAUUAAAAUAAGGUGUUGUGGGCAAAAACAAAAGCAAAGAAGACCGAGAAAUCCUGAUCUGAUAAAAACUACAAAAUACAUUUACAGUGCAAUCCUAUCCAUGUUUACUCAGUAGCAAAUCUCACUGUGUACAGUGGGACUUACUCUCAGGUAAGAAUGCUUAGGACUGCAGCCUUAAAAUAUUUCAGGACACAGAAAUGAAAUGCUGAUACAUCAUUGCUAAACUUGUAUAAAUGAGUCUUGCUUUUCAUCAAUAACCCUAGAGAUUGGUAACAUGCACAAUUACUUAUGAAUAUAAUUUUAGUACUCUGUGCAUAUACCAUUGGAAGCAUCCACUUUAUGUUCUGAGCUGCUCACAGACUAUUUGCCAGUUCAUGUUCUUAUUUCCAUUAAUAGAUUAUACUGUACUGGCAAUACUGCACCAUACCUUGGGGAGUCUUCAAUUUAAUAGACAGAUGUACUCUGUCAUAGUGGAAUGAAGGAUAACAUUAUACUGCGCAUGUGUAGUCUCUUCCAGGAGUUUCUUUCUUUGUUCCAUUUUGGAACUAACUAGGUCAAGGGAAGUGUGAAAUGUUCGCUUCUUAAAUACUAACAAGGGGCAAAUUGUGCUCCCUGUUUCCUUGUUACUGAGUAAAAAAAAGAAUACAUAUCACUGUCUAUAUAUUCUUACUAUACACACAUUUCUUAUUUAAACUACAAACCUUACCAUACUUAAUUGGAGAUUUGCUCUGAUAAUUUUGGCUUCAUUGUGAACUGUAGAAUCAAGGUCUCCUAAUUUAUUCAGCCAACACCUGGUAUCAAUGCUAUCAGUGCAUUUUGACCAGGAAAUAAAGAAAUAGCUUUUGUUUAUGUAAUAAUAUCCCUGGUGUAGAUCAGUGGUUUACAUAAGCUAUAAUAGUAGUGUUGGAUCCAGGCUUUUCAUAGGUCUGACAUGCAAAAACAAGGCUGAUGAAAAGGAAGCAACAAUUUUAACAACACUGGGCAAAUUCACGCUUUUCUUAGGAUGUUCUAUUAUAGUCUGAUCUCUAGAGAAUUAAUUUCUUCAUGAAAUAUUACAUUUUUGUAAUAAACACUAUGAUUGUGAUCCUAGACUCAUUUCUUUAGAAAAGGAGGAGCAGAAAUCAUGUGGCCCUCCAGAUAUUUCUGUACUGCAGGUCUCAGCAGCCUUAAUCAGCACAGCCGAUGAUGAGAAGUACUGGGCCUUGUAAUCUUGGCAGCAUCUGGAAGGCUACUUGAUUCUCUAAAAGUAAGGUCUAACAUAAUCAGUGGAUUUGCUCCUAUAUAAAUAAGAGGUGAAGGAAACUUGAGGCCCUCCAAAUCUCAUUGGACUACAACUUCCAUCAGUCUUAGUUGCAUUCCAGUAAUAUCUGGAGGACAAUUGUUCCUCCUAUCCCUGAUGUAAAGGUUGGGUUGCAAAAGUAUUGAGUCUUGGCUUUUCUUUUAUUGUAUAGCUUGAUGCCAUAUAAAUGAACUGAAAUGCAAAACUGUAUAAAAGAAAAGGAGUUGCUGCUCUUACAAAUACUUGAAAAUAUUUAAAAACUAUUAUUUGAAAGUCUUAAAGCUCUGUUAUUGGAUAUAAAAAAUCCAAAGCAUAC